AUGAUUGAAGAUGGUGGAGAGAAGGAGAAAUGCCACGAAGCCAUGGAACUGCCAGAUAUAGCAUCUUCCUUUUCUGAUAGCAUUAUUGAGGAGAUCUGCAAUUCUGCUGCAAAGAUGGGUACGUUUACUCCUAAGUUCAAACAUUUUAAGGUGGAUGCCCUCUUUGUUUUCACGAAGACAGGACACAUGGCAUCUCUCUUAUCACGUUGCCGACCUGACUGUCCGAUUUUUGCUUUCACGACUACAACUUCUGUGCGGAGGCAUCUGAACCUGCAAGGGCAACCUAAUAGGACUUUCUCCUUGCUUAAGUCCAGGGGAAUGGUCAAAUCGGGCGACCUAAUCAUUGCUGUCUCUGACAUGUUGCAAUCCAUUCAAGUUAUGAAUGUUCCAUAA